AUGCCGAUACCAGAGAUUGAAAAUUCGCAGGAUGAAAGGGGAGAAAGAUCACAACCACAACGCGAGCAGGAUGAUAAUCAAGCGACCUAUGAGCCUCGACUAUUUUCCGACGUCGAACUCGUGGGAGAAUUACAUCCUUUAUCUCGCUCUGGAGGGAAAGAGGAAGAGUCUACCGCAGCUGCAACUAUUUCAAAACCAUCGGCGCUGUUUGGCAGUCAAUCUGAAGCUAACAAAGCAUCAUCUUCAGCUCACAUAACGCCUACGAACUGGCCACGGGCAAAGCGAUGGGCUGCAACUUUGAUUGUUUCCUCUUUCGCCUUCCUCCAACCACUUACUGAAACGAUGCUUGCACCGGUUGAAGCGCAAAUCUCGGGUGAACUGAACAUCAAAAGCUCAAGGGAAUGGCUUUUAUGUAACUCUAUCAUACUCAUUGGUGUGGGACUUGGGCCUUUGAUUCUGGCACCCUUGUCCGAAGUCUAUGGUCGAAAGCCUGUUUUACUAGGCGGAUCUGCGAUCUUUCUAACCUGGAAUACUGGAUGUGGCGCCUCCACAAAUUUCGGCAUGAUGCUCGCUUUUCGGCUCCUGUCUGGGUUCGGUGCGUGUGUCGCAGAUGCUAUUGCUGGAGGAAUGCUUGGAGAGCUUUGGAGACCUGAAGAACGAGGAAAAGCAUUCGCAGUAUAUAUGACUGCUCCCUUGUUGGGUCCGGCGUUAGGUCCAAUUUGUGGCGCUUUCAUAUCAGAGGGAACGGACUGGAGGUGGAUUUUCUGGAUCACAUCCAUCGCUUCAGGCGUGGCAACUAUCGUUGCAGUUCUCUUCUUACCUGAGACUUACGAGCCCGUAUUACGACGUCGUAAGUUCAAUUUGCGGCGUAAAGCGAGUCCUCUCUCUACGGACAAAGAUCAAGCACACUUCCUCCAAGUUAUGCAGACGAACCUUCAACGGCCAUUUAGGAUGCUUGCAACUCAACCUAUUGUUCAACUCCUAGCGAUAUUCAUGGCACUUCUAUACGGCAACAUGUUUCUAUUUCUCUUCAUAUACCCUAAAUUGUGGAUUGAUAGUUAUGGCCAAAGUAUUCGAAUCAGCAGUCUCAACUACAUCUCGGCGGCUGUCGGAUAUGUCUCUGGUGUUGGCAUUGCUGGACAUCUCAAUGAUCGAAUAUAUGUCAUCCUAAAAGCCCGUAACAAUGGAAAAGGAAAGCCGGAGUAUCGCGUACCGGCCAUGAUCAUCGGUACACUUCUGGUUCCCAUCGGAUUGUUAUGGUGGGGCUGGUCAGGUGAGGCGAAAUUGCACUGGAUUAUGCCUAACAUUGGGUGUGCCCUCUUCACGGCCGGAUGCUAUAUUUGCUCCUCUUGUGUUUCUGUCUAUACGAUAGAUACCUACGCUCAAUACGCUGCAUCGGCAGUAUCGACUAACCUGGUCACCCGAAGCGUUGCGGCGGCGUUUUUCCCUCUUUUUGCACCGUACCUAUUUCAAAAUUUAGGGUUCGGCUACGGAGCGACCGUGUUGGCUGGGGGAUUUACGGCUAUUGGGUUAUUGGUCACUAUAACAUUGUGGCUCUAUGGCGAGAAAAUUCGCGAUCGGAGCACGUAUUGUUCGGCGGGGACAGUGGACUAGACAGAAUAUGUUGCAGACGCAAUGAAGUUGCAUAGAAUGGUAAUUCUUUG